AUGUUGCUCAAUGCACGCCACGAUUCUGGGGACUCCAACCUUUCUGCCAAACAGCCGCCCAGCAUGCACUACCUCCUCCAUGUUCCUGAUUUUAUCGACGCCAUUGGCCCACUACAAGCCUUGAGCUACCGUGCUGUGAAAAUUACAAAUGACUUCUAUGCCAGGCAAAUUAAAGACCACAACCAGAUGGGCGCCGAGUUGGCCAACGUCCACAUUAAGUUUGCCAGGCUACAUGCGAUGUUGGGACUUGAAAACUGGAAAGGCGCCAAUGCCAGGUCGUUUCCCUCCAGCACCGGAGAUGACAAGCUCAAAAGGCCCAUUGAUCCAAAGAUCCGGGUCUAUAAAAGGCUCUUCUGCAGCGAGCACACAGUCACCCCAAAGUACACUGCCAGAUCAACUCACCGGAAAUUUUCCAACGCUUUGGUGUCGAUCCCCGUCGAUGAAAAUUAUACCAUGCCAAGGACACCUGCUGUCCUAGUUGACAAGGACUAUGUGGGCCAGUGUCUGCUCUUCUUUGACCACGUGCACAAUGGGAGAAAGGCCGAGUCGAUGCUUGUGAGUAUACGCAACACAAUAGAGAGAAAAAGCCUGGUGGACUAG